GGGGCGGACACGAGUUAAGGGUUAGGCGCCGAAGUUAUACUAAACCAGGUGUGAGGCGCUCGCUCCCUCACUGAGGUUUCAGCUCAGGUCACGGAAAGGGAAUGGACGGCAAACUGCAGGGGCUGCGGUUCCUGAUGCUACUCUGUGGGGUUACACUGUCAAUUGAAUUUGAGGUUGAAAAAGACACAAAUGGAUUACAAGGAUUUUUAAAGAAUGUAAAGGUGAAUGCUGACAGCUUACGCCCACUAAGACGCACAAAAAGGAGAUGGGUUCUGACAACUAUUGAGGUGGAAGAAGAGGAUCCUGGGCCAUUUCCAAAAUAUGCUUCAACACUUUUCAAUGAUAGGUCAUUUAAUUUAACAUUGAAAUAUUUAAUCAGAGGACCAGGAGUUGAUGAAUAUCCCAGUGGUAUUUUUAGUGUAAAUGACACUGAUGGCAGAGUGUUUACACUUAAAACUAUUGAUCGAGAGAAAACACCAAGCUUUCGGGUGCAGUUUGAUGCGGCUGACAGAAGAACAGGAAAAAUUGUUGAUGACUCUUUGGUAUUCAUUGUGCAUGUUCAAGAUAAGAAUGACAAUGCACCUAAAUUCAAGAAACCAUUGCAGAAUAUAAAUCUGAAGGAAAGUACACCCGAAGGUAAAAUUGAAGUGAUGGUUGAAGCUGAGGACAUUGAUGAUCAUAGCACUCCAAAUGCCAAAAUCGUGUACUCUGUAGUGUCUCAGACUCCACGUUCAACAACUGCUGUGUUUGGUAUCGAUCCUACAAGUGGAAUUAUGACACUGAAAGGCUGUCUUGAUUAUCAGCAAGUCAAAACUUAUCAAGUGAUUGUUCGAGCAGAAGACCAAGGAACACCCUCACUUUCAUCCACGGCGACAGUCAACAUUAAUCUUGUGGACUCCAAUAAUAACCCUCCAGAAAUUGUAAAAAAGCAGUAUGUUGGAAAUGUAAAGGAACGGGAAUCUAAUAUAACCCUCUUGAGGAUUGUUGUUGAAGAUAAAGAUACACCAAAUACCCCUGCGUGGAAAGCCAAAUAUAGCAUUUUGCAGGGCAAUGAAAACAACAAUUACAAAAUUGAGACAGACCCUGUAAGCAAUGAGGGGAUUCUUACAGUCAUUAAGCCUGUUGACUAUGAAGUAUCUCCACAAAAGGCUUUAAUAAUCUCUGCACAAAAUGAAGAGCCAUUAUUUGCUUGUCCAUUAAAAAGUGGAAAAAGUCUCCCUCCGACUAGCACUGUUUCUGUAAUGAUCAAUGUGGAAGAUGUAAAUGAUCCUCCAGUUUUUACACCAGAAAUGAUCAAGCUAAUUCAGACAGAGGGUUUACCUCCUGGACAGAAACUCUGCAAAUUCCGUGUUACUGAUUCAGAUGCAGAUCACAGUACCAUAAGAUUUGAAAAAGUGUAUGACCCUGAAAACUGGGUAAAGGUUGACACCAAAACAGGUGAAGUUGUUUCCAUUGGAGAAUUGGACAGAGAAUCACCCUAUGUGAAUAAUAGCAUAUACACAAUUAUUGUUCAUGCAAUUGAUGAUGGUAAACCUUCAAUGACUGGAACUGGAUCAGUACUUAUUUAUUUAAGAGAUAUAAAUGACAACAAGCCUUUUAUACUUAACAAACAUGCUCACUUAUGUGAAAAGAAAACUUCUGUGGUAAUAAAUGCUGCUGACAAAGACUUGCAACCAUACUCAGGACCUUUCACUUAUGAGCUACUUGAUAAGGGGGGAAAUACAAAAAGCCCGUGGAGCUUGGGCAAGAUUUCAGAGAAUUCCAUUGAGCUAUUGAAGACUAAACAGCUUCCACAAGGAAAUUAUACAGUGCCUCUGAAAAUUGUGGAUCAGCAAGGCAUAUCAGGAGAUGAUGCUUUGCAUUUAAGAAUCUGUAAAUGCAAUGAAGAGGAGGAAUGUGAACGUAUGUUGCCUAUCUCAGCAGGCUUGAGUGGGGCAGCAAUUGGUGCCAUUUUUGGAGCAUUCUUACUUAUGUUAUUACUUCUAUGUUUACUUCUGUUCUGCAAAUUUGGAGAAGAAAAGCAGUCCAAAUUCUCUGAAUUACUGGAAGGAGCAGGCCAGCAACAUCUCAUUAAAUAUAACGAAGAAGGUGGUAGCUCAGUUUACAGUACUGGACAAUUGUCAGUGCAUUCUCCAAUUAAAGAAAAUGCUUUAAAUGUGAAUAACACACUGGCUUCACAACCAAACUGGGGCAACAAUAAGAAGUACACUAAUGGAGGACCACAGAAGAGCUUCAUGGACUCUGGACUACAAGGGAGGGGGAAAUCUACCUAUUCACACUGUUAUCGUUCCCAGAGCAGCAGGAUAUCUGUAAGCCAUCAGCCUUCUGGGAAGUACCCUUGGUCAACAAGAAGUGAGCUGCAGGAGAUGAUUAAUAUGAAGGUCCAUAAUAUUGAAGAUGACAUGGUCAACUUUUGGGAGGAUCAACCAAAGAUCUAUGCCAAUGAAGGCAAAGAGAACAUAAGCAGACAUCCAUCCAUGGGUGAUAUAAGCAUGAAAAGUGACAACAUUCAAUUAGACAUUUUUAAUGAUCUGGGGCCCAAGUUCAACACACUGGCUGGAAUUUGUCAGUCAAAUAUCAGAAAUGGAAACCAAAAGGUAACAUAUGAAUGGGAAUAAAGAAUACAUGGAAUUUUCAGUUUUAAUGGCCUUUUACAACAUAUUAUGUAGGGAGAAACGUUUGAAAUUUAGCUCACUUUUUUCAUUCUCAGUAAGCCCCAGAGGAUUAUGUUGAUACACCAUUUUGCUAAACUUUAAAGUUAACACAUGCUCAGCAGAUGUGUGUAAAGUGUAAUACAGUACUGUAAUAAAAAAAAAAAAAUCAGGCAACGUUUAAAAAGGUACAAAUAAUGUUUCUGUUGCAGAAUUAGAGUAACCAGAAAGGAAGAAAAUUGUAGAUGUGGAAAUGGAACAGCAGUGGCCAUGGCCUGAGAAGUUACCAGUGCCAGAUUUUGCACAACUCAGCUGAUGGAUGAGAAAUCAGACAAAGAGUUUCAUUGAAUUGUUGACCAACACCAUUCACUGCUCUAAAAAAAACAAUGCUGAUAUAAAAUGAUAAAGUAAAACAUGUCAAUACACCUUUAAAUGAAUACAGAUAUUUAGAGUACAAAAAAGCCAUGGCUUUUUGUGUUGGUCACCCAUGCUUACAUGCACUUUCUAAUGGAAAUUUCCGGUAAUGAGGAACUUUUUUUUACAAAGUGUGUUUUUGACCUCCUUUGUUACCAGAAUGGAAAUCAUUCUAUCAAUCUUGGAAUUUUUUGCUUUCUAAAUGACAUACACGCAGCCUGACUGCUUGGCUGGAGUAAUAUAUUGAGACAUGGGAGGGGCUGUUAUUUCCAGUUUUCAUAUAUUUUUAUACCUUUUAUAUACUGACUCAGAGACAAGCAGCAGUUUCAAAUCAGCUUUUGUAAAUUAGAAUCUGCAAACCUGUUUACAGCAUAAUGUAAGUCUAGCACUUGUUCAUUUUUACCAUUGUAUUUUGCUUAUGUACAUUUUUUUUGCAACUUGGUUUUGUGUCUGUUUGUUUCUGAAAAGUGAACAAAGCCUUUGUACAGAUCAUCAAAACAAUACUCUCAAUUUAAAGUAUAUUUGGAAGGAUGGAAAAGAUUCUAGAACUUCCAUGGAAUUUGAAGAGAACAGUGAUUGACAUAUUAAAGAAUGGCACUACUUUUUUAUUAUACAGUAUGUGAAUUUUUAAUUACUUUGUUACUUUUGUAUCUUAAACUGGAUGGAUUUGUUUUUUCACUUUCAUAAUAUUUCUAGUGCAAUAGUUUAUCUUCAACAUAAAUGUAUUUUGUGCUGAGUCAUGUCUUUUGUAGCAUUGUCCUGUUUACAUGGUCUGUGUGUCUAUGUAAAUAUGGUCCCCUGGAAACAUAGGUUGAAGGAUAACACAGAGUGGAACCAUGGUCCCUCAUGAUAAUUUGUCCUGUCAAUCCCAUCAUCUGCAUCCAGGUCAUUCACUAUU